CACCCCUUCCUUAUCAGCUCGCGCUUGAUAAGUUCUGUUGUUGCUAAGCGACACGCCAGGACCAAUGCGUCUUCUAAGCCCGCCUAUCGGGUAUUGGUUUUCACCUGACUCCGCCUAUCUGUCAGCGUCUUGCCCUCUGAUUGGAUCACGGCUCUGUGUGGAGUGCCGGAACGCCUGAUCUUACCCCCGGUCGUCUGCUAACGGUCCCCGUGGCCGAAUCCUCUUCCCGGGCAAGAUCUAAGGUCUGAGGACCGUGUGAGCGCGUCAAUGGCAGCUGCUGGCGGCCCAGCGCGAGAGAGCCUCAUGCGAAGAUGGAUCCGGGGGCUCGGGCUGCUCUAUCUGUGUGUCCGAGGUCCCAGGCUGUACCGAGUAUACCGACAGCACCGCCUGGGAGCUCCCGGGAGAGUCCGGAACGAGGAAGAGACUGAGCAAAAUGUCUCAUGGGAGUCGUUCUAUCAGCCGCGAGCUCUUGAGAAGCACACCGACAGCGUGCUGGCCUGGGUGUCUGUCUUGUGGACCAUUUCUUAUUACUCUUCCCCCAUCGCUGUCUUCUAUAUGUACAGAAAAGGAUAUUUGAACGUGUCCAGGCUGGUUCCUCUAGGACAGUACGGCAUGACGCUGCUCUUUCUGCUGGCAGGAGUGGCGUGUUUGAGAGGGUUGGGCAGAUGGGGCAACCCUCAGUAUAUCCAGUUUAUUAGCCUUUUAGAGAGAACCAAAUUUGAGAACACUCCAGAAAACAAGAAAAAGUUGUCUGGUUAUAACUUUGACUUCCGCAGCUGGCCGGUGGAUUUCCGGUGGGAUGAGACGGGCAGUAAGGACCGCCAGGCGUUGGGACCCUUUAAUGGAGUGCCGUUGCUGAAGCCAGAUCCGCGCACGCGGGGAGCUACAGAUAGCUUAUUACAGCGAAUCCAGAAAUUGCCUUGCCAGAUAACCAGCUACGUGGUGGCUCACUCGUUCGGCAGACGGAUGCUUUACCCCGGCUCUGUGUACCUCUUACAGAAGGCCCUCAUGCCCAUGUUGUUGCAGGGACAGGCUAGGCUGGUGGAGGAGUAUAACGGAAAGAGAGCGAAGCUCCUGGCGUGCGAUGGGAAUGAGAUAGACACCAUAUUUGUCGACCGCAGAGGCACAGGAGAGCCUAACGGGAUGAAGUUGGUCAUCUGCUGCGAGGGCAACGCCGGCUUUUAUGAGGUUGGAUGUGUGUCCACACCGCUGGAAGCCGGUUAUUCUGUCCUUGGCUGGAACCAUCCUGGGUUUGCUGGCAGCACGGGCAUACCUUUCCCUCAGAAUGAAGCAAAUGCUAUGGACGCCGUGGUCCAGUAUGCCAUUUAUCGCCUGGGAUUCCAGCUGCAAGACAUCAUUGUGUAUGCCUGGUCUAUUGGGGGCUUUACAGCCACCUGGGCCACCAUGUCUUACCCAGAUGUAAGCGCGCUCGUCCUCGAUGCCUCCUUCGAUGACCUUGCCCCGCUGGCUCUGAAAGUCAUGCCGGAGAGUUGGAGGGGCCUGGUGACCAGAACAGUGAAGAAGUAUUUAAAUCUAAAUAAUGCAGAGCAGCUCUGCAGGUAUCAGGGCCCGGUGCUGCUCAUCAGAAGAACAAAAGAUGAAAUUAUCACAACCACAAAUCCAGAUGACGUUUCAUCAAACCGAGGGAACGACCUGCUCAUGGCUCUGCUGCAGCACCGUUACCCCAAAGUAAUGUCAGAAGAAGGCAGGAUGGCGGUGAGAAGGUGGCUCGCUGCAUCUACUCCUGAACAAGAAGCCGCUGUGCUCAGUCAGUACGGGGUAGAAGAGGAUUGGUGUCUGUCUGUCUUACAAUCCUAUCAAUCUGAACACUCGGAAGAGUUUCCAUGGACUGUAGGUGAAGAUAUGAGCGCUGAAGACAGACGGCAGCUGGCCUUAUACCUGGCACAGAAGCAUCUAGAGAACUUUGAGGCCACUCACUGCACCCCGCUCCCCCCCAGCGCCUUUCACACCCCCUGGAGGAUAUAAUAUUCGCAGGAGCUGCUAGAAUAGAGUAUCGCUGCCUGAGCCGGACCCCGCUGACCUCCUGUCUCCCACCCGCUGCUCUGUGUGAAUGGCAGCUGAGACAGGGGAAGGAGGAAUGGCUUCGUUUCCAACCACUUCUUUUACCUCUUGGACUUUUUUUUAUUAAAUAGAAUUCUGUGACCCAGGAAAAAGGGAUAUGAGGAGAAUCCGAAUCACGGCUAUUAAAAUAUGUGAAAAAACCCAGAAA